AUGGCCACGAACGUCGCAAAGGCUCCGGAUUGGGAGCGUCACAAGAAUACAAUCUAUCGACUGUACAUCAAAGAUGACAUUUCCCUCAAAGACCUCAUAGAGCAGAUACGAAUUCGAGGGCUGUCAGUCAGCAAGUCCCAGCUGGAAUCCAAGCUGAAAGAGUGGGGAUUCCGGAAAAAUCUCAAUGCCGCAGGAUGGAAAUACGUUGCCCAUCGGAUCGAAAAAAGAAAGGAACAAGGGAAGAAAAGUCAAGUUAUCCUGUCGGGACGCCGCAUGCGGCCCAAGGAAGUCAGCAAAGCACUUGGCCGGUUCACACUAUCACAAAUUGACGAGUUCACAAAGACUUGUCGUGCUCAGACCCCUGAAGAUCUCAACGUUCAGAUUCUUUCACCUGCGCACGUAUGGCCACACAGUUUACCAUGGCUACAAUUUCAGCUAAGGUUUCCUUUCUUCCACGCCUACAACACAAGUUCUUUAUCAGCAGAUGCUUUCAAAGGAACUAUGUCCAUGCUACAACUUUCGGAUCCAGAUGGCUCUUUCUGCAAUGCCGAAGAUCACUUCACGCAAAAGGUUUCCCAGACAAUGCCGGAGCUAGAGCCGGGCGAUAAUAACGCUUACUACCACCUCAUCACCAGCGGUUUCGCUGCUGACAUCCUUCGGGCAGCGAGCGACUGGCAUAUUGCAAAUGAAGACGCGAAUCGAUUUCGCAGCAGUCGGUGA